GACGACGACAACUCCAGUCGUGCUGCUGCGCUCUUCCGAGGAACACAGUCCAUCGUCAUCACAGCCACGCACGACACAGCAGCCAUGUCUGCCCGCUACGCGUUCACCAAAGGCCUCAAGGAGGUGCGCUUCCUGUUCUGCCAGACCUCGGAGCAGAGCGCCGCCGUCCGAUCAUUCCUCUCGAGAGCCUACCCUACCAUGAAGAAGAACAACCCCAACGUCCCCAUCUUGAUCCGCGAGGCGUCAGGCACGAUCCCCAAGGUGUUUACACGAUACGAAUUCGGCAAGGAGCAGUCGCAAAUCCUGGAGGGCCUGACAGACAAGCAAGUGGAGGACGCCGUCACUGGCUUGGUCAAGAACGAGUCGUGAUAAGAGAAAGAGGACGAUACUACAGACAACAAUCCCGAACUGUGAAUAUAAGGCGUGCUGGCCUGCAACAAUACUGUGCAUCGGACACGGUGAUGCGAAGCUUAUCGCAUUUCUUGCGCAUUGCAAAGAUAUCCCACAGUUUGAACAGGUGCAGUCGGGUCAUGAGAAGGUUAUCUUGAGCGCAGUGCGGCCAGGUACUCAAACAUUUCCAAGGCUGUUGCUUGUAUCUUGCUACUUGUUGAGGCAGCUAUCUACUCGUACAAUCGACACAAUCCAAUUCUCCUGCUUGAU